AGAGCGCACAGGCGCACUGUUCACUGCCAAACGCGGCUGUGUGGAAGUGAGAAGACUUGACGCUGCAGUCUCUUCUGAGAAAACAUCUUUAUUUUUCCUGCCAAAACACGGAGUUUAGAAGAUUCUGGAGGUUUUACGCACAGCGCCAGAGCUUCUGGUGACUUGCGUCCACUUUGUCUGUGAAGGGUUCCUUUGGAAAUCUUGAUUAGUUGCGCUGUUUUUGUCUGGCGGACUUGUCAACACGAUGUGGGGAAUGCAGAAGACCCGGUAUGCGGACUGUAACGGCUCCGAAGCCAGCGAGGAGACGGAGAUCGUGGUGAACAUCGGCGGAGUGAAACAGGUGUUGUAUGGAGACGUGUUGAAUCGCUACCCGGACACUCGGCUGGCAGAACUGGUGGACUGUUCACUCAAGUCUGCUGAAGAAAUAUCCUCACUAUGUGACGACUACGACCCCGACACGGGAGAAUUUUAUUUUGACAGAGACCCUGAAGCCUUUAAGUGCAUCAUUGAGUUGUAUUAUUAUGGAGAGAUACACAUGAAACGAGGCAUCUGUCCAAUUUGUUUCAUGAAGGAGAUGGAGUUCUGGAAAAUCGACUCGGAUUUCUUGGAUGAGUGUUGUAAAUGCCACCUGAAAGAGGUGGAGGAUGAACUUGCGGAGAUUGCAGAGAAAGUGAGAACUAUCCUGGUGGACCGGGAGGGAGAUCCGUCUGCAGGAGGCUGGCAGCGCUUCCAGAUGUGCCUCUGGAGGCUGAUGGAGAAGCCGGAGUCCUCGCUGCCGGCGCACAUCAUCGCUAUAGUUUCUUUCAUCUUCAUCCUCGUCUCCUCUGUGGUGAUGUGCGUCGGGACCAUCCCCGACCUGCAGGUGGAGGACUCGGAGGGCAACUUGACGGAGCACCCAACUCUGGAGGUCAUCGAGACGGUGUGCAUCGGCUGGUUCACUAUUGAAUACCUCCUGCGUCUGAUCUCCUCUCCGAAUAAAAUCAAAUUUGUGCUCGCCUUCAUGAACAUCAUCGACUUCAUGGCGAUCAUGCCCUUCUUCGUGGUGCUCAUCCUGACCUCCUUCGGCGCAGGAGUGAUGGAGCUGGCUAACGUGCAGCAGGCGGUGCAGGCUUUACGCAUAAUGCGCAUUGCGCGCAUUUUCAAGCUGGCACGCCAUUCUUCUGGGCUCCAGACCCUCACAUCUGCCCUGAAGAGCAGCUUCAAAGAGCUCGGACUGCUCCUCAUGUACAUGGGCGUCGGGGUGUUUCUUUUCUCCGCACUGGGCUACACUAUGGAGCAGAACCACCCGGACACACUGUUCACCAGCAUCCCGCAGUCGUUCUGGUGGGCUGUGAUCACCAUGACCACAGUGGGGUAUGGAGACGUUUACCCCAAAACCACUUUGGGUCGGUGUAACGCGGCCAUCAGCUUUCUGUGCGGGGUCAUCGCCAUCGCCCUGCCGAUACACCCCAUCAUCAACAAUUUUGUCAUGUUCUACAACAAGCAACAGGUGCUGGAGACUGCGGCCAAGCAUGAGAUCGAGCUGAUGGCGCUGCGCACCGGCGACGGCGAGCUGAAGGCGGCACCCGGCGCCCAUAAACAUGUUUGCGGUGCGGGCGUCUGGGACAACACCAUGCGCUCCUGUCACAGCGACACAUACAUCCCUCUACUGAAGGACCCCAGAGCGGCGGCGGGCAUCCAGACCCCCAGCAUGGACACGAGCUUUGAGAGCACAGCCGAGGCCACUGAAUAUUUUGUCUCCUGAAAAGACUUUUGCAUCAUUUGGAGAGAGAGAGAAAAAUCUGAAGAUAAACAACAUCAAAUUAAUUAUUCAUUUUUGAAUUAUUCAAACUCCUGUCAGCUCUGGGUUAAUGAUACCACCGUGAUUUGUAAAUACCUUAAACAAUGAGACGGCAGUAAUGGUCUCCAAGGACCCCUUUCCAGGAAUCGCGCCUAUUAAAGGGACAUAUAUGUGUGAGAUAUUGACUUGAUGAGCUGUGCCUUUGCGCAGUGAGUCCCUGUAAGCUGAGGAGUUCUGUUUGAACAGCCAGUACACUGAUUCCCCCCAUGUAGGCAUCUUAUAUAACACCCCAUCCCCAGUUCUCACACUUAUACUGUAGACUCACUGUAGCUUAUUCCUCUGUACAGAAACAUAUACCACAAUGUAUGUUUUUUUGUUAAAUAACGAAGACAGACAGCUCCCCCAGGAGACAAAACAAACAUAAUCGGGUUUAUUGUAAUAUACAGACAUCACAACAAAAGUGAAGGACAAAUAUGAAAUCAGUGUUACAGCCACAGACACUUUAAAAGCUAUACUUCAGGUAUCUGGCAGGGGAUAUAAAAGCAACAUAUCAUGAGGCCUGUCUUCUUAUUUCUGCCUGUGAUCUUCAUGGCAUCAGUGUGAUUUUUUUUUGUAGCUGACACUGUUUGAUCUUGAGGUAUUACAUAUAAAAACAUACUUCUGUGUAGGAUUUUUUUAAAGCAUCGACUGUGUCAUCAGUCUGAAUUUCUCGUCAAGCUCAUGCAGCCAAAAUUGGGACCUCAGAACUUUCUUUUUGGCUGCAGGACAUGUUCCUGUAAUGGGUUUAAAUUUUACAGCAGCUACCACCACUCUCCGGAGGUGCAGGAGAAUAAACUUGACCACUAUUAUGGAUGAGGAGGAAGAAGCAACAGGCAGGAGGUUAAACGAAAAAAACAAAACACAUUUAUUGCGUUGAAAUAGUUUUAGUGCAGGUGGUGAAGCAGCUUUGGAGGAAAUAUAAGGAAAAGGUGCAAAAAUGAAUACGUCUGUGUGGAAAUCAUAAUGCAUUAGUGCUGUUAUUUUGAUGAAACUUGAAAGCUUGGUGCGUUUUCACACUGUGUCCUAUGUUUAAAAGGGACCUCUAAAUUGCCUUAAUGGGUGCUAUAUUUAAAGGUUAAAUUUUCACAGUUUGAAAGGUCUCUACUCCUACGCUGUUAGUCUGAGUGACACGAAACUUGCUGCACAAAUAGAACAAUCCUCACAAAAAUUAGCUGGUGCUGUAGGGGAGCUAUAAUUGAAACAUAUUUAAUACAAAAUGUCAUUUCCGCGGUGGCCACCCGUGGGAUGAUUUAUGUCAAGAUUGUGUUGCUUUGCCCCCAUGUUUUGUGAAUGUUUAUGAGCAUAUCGUGAAUGUAAAUACACACCUUGUGCACACACAGAGUGACGAGGUGAAGACAAAGAAGGGUUUAAUUAGCAUCAAGUAGCCUCUGUGAAUUGAUGCAGUGGAAGAUUUUUUAGUUUGGCUGGUUGAUGUGUGAAUAUAUCUGCCUCAGCUCUGAUGUGGCUACAGUUUUCAGCUUCAUUGUGGGUUAAAUUUUCAUAUUUAACCUGAGAUUUUUGUCGUGAUUAAGGCCUUUUCCUCACUUUAGCCGAACUGUAAAGCAGUUUUUCGUCUUUUAUUCCCUCAAUGUCCUGUUAAAUGGAGUUUCCCCUUAACACUUGUCCUUUUCCAGAUGUGUUUGUCUGAAGUGAUUUUGAAAUGAAUGUUAUUAAACGCAGUUAAUUGUACAGA